AUGGAUUCAGAGAGUUUGUUCAACGUCAAAGGCAAAGUGGUGCUGGUCACCGGCGGGGCCAAAGGCAUCGGUCGAAUGAUCUCCGAGGGAUAUGUCACCAAUGGUGCUACUGUUUAUAUCUCCUCGCGCGAUGCAAAGGCCUGUGAGCAGGCUGUUACUGAGCUCAACGCUCUCGGAAAGGGAAAGGCGCACGCCAUCCCGGCCGAUUUCUACAAGUACGAUGAUGUGAAGAAGCUGGCCGAGGAACUGGGCAAGCGGGAAAGCAAGCUUCAUGUUCUGGUCAACAACUCCGGCUCCAACUGGGGCGCGCCCUACGACGAGUAUCCUACCGCCGCAUUCACUCGCGUCCUUACCCUUAACCUCCACCGAGUCUUCGACCUCACCCAGCUUGUGACUCCGUUGCUCGAGAAAGCAUCCAGCAGCAGUGACCCAGCCCGAAUUAUCAAUAUUGGAAGUAUCGACGGCCUCCGGGUGCCCUCGCUGGAGACGUUCGCCUAUAGCUCCAGUAAGGCCGGCUUGCAUCACCUCAGCCGCGUCCUGGCCAAUCAUCUGGGCAAGCGAAAUAUCACUUCCAACACCUUGGCGUGCGGCCCCUUUGAGAGUAAGAUGAUGGCGGCUACUUUGAAAUCGUUUGGCGAAGCGAUCAAGGCCGGAGUGCCACUGGGACGCAUUGGAACCCCACAGGACGUUGCUGGCGCAUGCCUGUUCCUGAGUAGUCGGGCAGGUGCUUACGUGAAUGGUGCCACCAUCGCGCUGGACGGCGGCAGCGUCGUCUCAGCAAAGAUCUGA